AUGGACACAAACGCUGCCCAGGAUCCAAUAUCUUAUCUAAACACCGUCAUUCCUUAUGAGAAGAGAGCCUCCCCUCCGUCUGUGGACGACCUGCAGAUGCUCACCAACAUUCUUUAUGCCAUGAAGGAGGACAGCGACAAGGUGCCCACGCUGCUGACCGACUACAUUUUAAAAGGUCAUUAA